AUGUCUUUUGACUCACGCGUACCUUUCUGUCAGGACGAAAGGGAGGAUCCAUUAUCUGUCUUUCAUAUCCAAAAUGAAGAAUUUGCUGCACCAGAGUCUCUUGCACAACAGGGCCUUAUUUAUACCCUACGCCGUAGACAGUGGCAGGAUAAUAUAUCAGAGCUAUUAGCAUAUAUUCCGGCUGUUUUCAUUCUACAAGACCCUUUAGAAACAUCUGAUCAUGGUUCUCUAUCGUUGCAAUCUUUAAAUAAUAGCUCCCAAGGAUAUUCUCAAGGCUACUUUGAAAAUGAUUAUCAGCCUGGGACUCCUGAACAACAACAAGAAUACGGCUUCCCCGAGAUUGCUUUUAUACAUUAUGAUCAUAAUGGUCCAUCAUCUCGAUACACCAUAUCUUUGGAUUCAGCUUCUGUAAAUGUAUACCUAUGUCUCGAAUGUUCUUAUAUGACAAACAAGAAAUUCAAUUUUGAAAGACAUGCGAGCACCCACAUGGUGGAUAGAACUGUUUAUGGCUGCUAUUAUUGCGCAAAAUUAUACAGUACCAGAUCUAACCUUUCAAGACAUAUCUUGCAAGUCAUAGUUCAAAUGUCACAGAAAAGAAAAAAAGGAAAGCGUGCCUGUGUAAUUGUUAUUUUAGCUGCUCUGAGAUUUAACCUUGCAUUGCACCCUAAAGCAAUAUGUGGUACAAUAUUUAACAAAAGCACAUAUAUUCACGAUCGUUUGGCUUUUAUACUCAAUUCCAAUUUUACCAAUAGUCAUUUUGAACCCUUGCAGUCAUUUGAACCCUUACAGUUCCAAAAGAAUGUUUCAGGCUUAGAAUCUCUUUUGAAAGCUAUUUUUUCCUGUUUAACAAAAAUUAAAAAGUUUUAA